GGGUAUGAGGCCAGGCCUCGGUAUGUCUGUGACCGGUGGUCAGGCGGGUUCGGGUUGAAGGGAGGCGGCUCGGAAGGCUGAUGCUGUGUCUUUAACUCGCUCGAUUACUCAGCGUUUUCUGCCCCGGAAAGAUCGGGGCUGCCCUAAUCCCCGAGGGAGUUAGAAAGUUUUGUUUUAAUGUGACUAUGGAAGGUGGCCAGACCGAGGAGAGGACUCCACUGCUCCCGGAGAGACGGGCGGCAGCCAAGCCGGUGGCUUCUGCCUUCCAGGGCCGGCGGCUGGCCUGCGCCGCCGUGCUGGUGACAGAGUCCUUGGAACGAGUGGCGUUUUACGGCAUCACAUGUGGCCUGGUGCUUUUCCUCAACAGCGAGCCCUACAACUGGCUGGGACCCCAGUCGAGUCAGACCCUACUGAUCUUCAUGGGCAUCAGUUACUUCGUGUCCCCGUUCGGAGGAUGGCUGGCCGACGCCUGGCUGGGCAGGUUCCCUACCAUCCUCCUGAGCAUGCUCCUCUACCUGAUUGGAAUGAUGCUGUUCCCUUUUAUUUCAUGGUAUCAGACUCGCCGUUACCUUUGCGGAGAACUGGAGUAUUAUCCCAUCUUGGACCCCAAGUGUUUCAAUAACAGCUCCAGUGCUUGUGUAUUUCACCGGGAUAGUUACUGCCGACCGGUCAUUUACACUGGACUGGUCUUCGUCGCACUUGGUGUGGGAUCUGUGAAGGCAAAUAUAACUCCAUUUGGAGCGGAUCAGGUGAAAGAUAGAGGCUCUGAAGCUACACGUCGAUUUUUCAACUGGUUCUAUUGGUCGAUUAAUCUGGGUGCUAUCGUCUCACUGGCUGGCAUUUCGUAUAUUCAACAAAACUGUAGCUUUCUCCUUGGAUACAUUAUACCAACUGUUUGCAUGGGCAUCUCUUUCUUGGUUUUUGCAUUUGGCAAAUCAGUUUUUGUCUCAAAGCCACCUGAUGGUAGUUCCUUUUCAGACUUAUUCAAAAUUCUUUUUUAUUCCUGCUUUUCAAGGAAGUUGAAUAACGAAGAAAAUACCAGUCAGAACAACGGGAUCUACCCAUCAACUAUUAAACCAGGUUGUCUGGAUCUGGCCAAGACCGUCUAUGGUGGGCAAUUUCAAGAUGAUAAAGUGGAGGAUGUGAAGACCUUUGUCAAAAUUAUCCCAGUGUUCUUAGCACUCAUUCCUUACUGGAUGGUUUAUUUUCAGAUGCAAACCACAUAUGUUCUACAGAGUUUGCACCUACAGAUUCCAACAUUUUUUGCUGAGUAUAAUAAUAGUAAUGUUAACAAUUCAUUUGCAAGCUGCAAUCAUCAUAUGCUUCCAGCUGCUUGGUUCACCAUGUUUGAUGCAGUACUUAUUCUGGUUCUGAUCCCCAUGAAAGACAAAGUGGUAGAUCCUGUGUUAAAGAGGAAAGGCUUGCUGCCUACAUCCUUGAUGAGAAUUGCUGUUGGCAUGUUUUUUGUUAUGUGCUCUGCGGUGGCUGCUGGAAUUCUGGAAGAUCAGCGUUUGAAUAGCCUACGAAAUGGUACCAUUGAACAACAAAUUGGGAAUGUAUGGUAUAAUGCUGCACCAUUAUCAAUAUGGUGGCAAAUUCCACAGUACGUGAUGAUUGGGAUCAGUGAAAUAUUUGCAAGUAUAGCAGGGCUGGAGUUUGCCUACUCAGCUGCGCCCAAAUCUAUGCAAAGUGCCAUCAUGGGUCUAUUCUUUUUCUUUACUGGAGUUGGCUCCUUUGUUGGUUCGGGACUUCUAGCCCUAGUGUCGGUGGACGGAAUUGGUUGGAUGAACUGCAAAAGUGACUUUGGUAAUAUCAACAAGUGCCAUAUGGACUACUAUUUCUUCUUACUAGCAGCCAUACAGUGUAUUACCCUGAUCAUUUUUAUUAUUGUUUCUGUGACAUUUGAUCGCAACAAAACCAAAUCUGAUUUGCUGCUCGUCAGUGGAAGAAGACAACAUGGAGAACUCAGGCGUAAUCAGACCAGGAACUGAAAAUGGGAACCACUGCAUGUGAAAUAAGCCAUUAUUGAGAAAAUACUUGUAAAUCGUUUCUUCAGGUAUAUGAUGGAUUAGGUAGUAUCCUUAAGCUUGCCUAUUGCAGAAUGAAACGUUAAGGCUGAGGAGUAUUUUGCCUGAAUGACCUGUAGGAGAUGAGGCACACUACAAGUAAGUACUGGCAGGUAACGUAGACUGUUAAAACAUGCUGGUAUUGUUCUUGUUGGCAAGGUGGUAUUUCUUUGAAUUCAACUUUUAACUGCCUGUGGUGAUUGAAGGAAAUCCACAAGGCAUGCUGGAUGGAGUCUGGUAAAGUUCUAGUGUUCAAUAAACAGUGUGCAUUUUUAAAUUUAUGGACUACUGGUAACUUUUAGCAUAUGUCAAUAUUAAGAGUAUUUCACCUCAAAGAACUGGGUAGUUUUUUUUAAAAAGUCUGUUGCUUGUGUUAUCAAGAUGAUUUUGUUAUUUUUAAUCUUUGCAAGUAUAAGUGCCGGUGCUGCCCUUUUAAGUCUGCUCACCCCAUCCGUAAAGUAAAUAAAAGCAGAAUUGCAACCCUCACAUUUCUUCAAAUUAUGUUUACAACUGAAUACAGAGGAAAAUGCAUCUUGCCAGUAACCAGUUGACUGAUAAAUGAAUACUGUAUUAUAUAUUAGAAAGCAAUAUAGUAAAUGCCAGCUUAUAAUUUACCAAAUGCAUGUAUAACAGAUUUGCAUCUUGUCAUUGGGUUGCAAUCUAACUUUUUUGUCUAAUUGGAAUUUUGUGCAUUUUUCCUGACUGACAAAAGCAAUUGAGCAAUUGGUGAUUUUUUUUUUAUUCAUAACCUGUGUCUUUUUAAUUGUCAUUUUAACAAAAAAUGAACUGAAGGUGUCAGAGGAUAAUUUUGGCUGAAGUAUAAAAUUAUACAACACCAAAUAAAUGUAAUUUGUUUUAAAAGUGCAAAGCUGCUUCUUUACAGAUGUUGUAGAAAAUGAUGAAAGGAUGCUGUCAAACUCUGCAUUUUUUUAAAAUGCUAAAUGUAAGUGAAUUCUUGGUGCAAAUGUUUUUGAUUUUUGCAUGCAGUUAAAUCUUGAUUAUCUGCAUUCCCCCUGGAGAUUUGGGGUUGUUUUAAGCAAAGCCAAUGUAAUUGGGCAUUUUAAUUUUUUUUCACAGACCCUAUUGAUUCAGCGCAGUAAAUAGUUACCUGAAUGGCUAGCAGAGCAGUAACUCCUUACUAUAAAUAUGGCUCUUAAUGUCUCAGAAUUUGGCCCUUGGGUUCAUGAAAUAAGUGGGAACCCGUUUGCCAGCAUCUCCUUUGAAGAUCAAUUUGCUUUAAAAGGUGCAACAUGUGCUUGGAGAUAAGAUCACGGUUUGAUUACAUGUAACUAUAAAUGCAAGUUGUUUUACCAUAGGUAAGCAUUCCAAGAUUGUACAGUGGGCCCAAGAAAGAGAUUUUAGGAGGAGCAUCUGAAAAUUUAAGAGAUAUUAAGGAAUGUAUUAAAGCAAUAGAGCUAGAGAUGGAACUUGGGAUGUGAACUUCUUCAUUCUAAAACAAAGAGAAGGAUAAAGGGAAUCCAAAAGUAAAUCAGAAAGUUAUUGUGACGUUUUACAUUUUGAGGCUUUAGGGGAACCAAGAGCCAAUGUAUAUCCACAGUUAUUUGGAUGUUGAAGACUGCAACUUGUACAGGGUAGCGUGUGCUAAUUAAAAAGUGUAUGCCUUAUCUAGUAACCACAGGAAGAGUUGACACUGAAGAAUGCAGUGAUGGUUUCAACCAGAAAUGAGAUGAGGUAUAGGUAAGGCACUACCAAAAUUGUGAGUUUGUGGAAACUCUGGAUUCCACAAUAUUAGGACUCUACUGAAUAUUUUAGGCUAGGGCCAGUAGGCCAAGUGCUGCCCCAUUCACUCCUGCACACAUCAAUUCUCCCUGUUACGGAAGUCUGAUCCAAGAAGGAGAGAGAGCGGUGGCAGCCCAAGGGGUGAGCACACGUGGGCCUGUGUCAGCGACCAUCAAGACAGAUAAAAAUGAUGGGUAUAGCGGACUGCUUGCAAGGCUUUCUGGGAGUGGGGCUGCCCUUUCAAUGAGGGAAAGUGGUGGGACCUGCUCCUGGGGCUCUGUAGCAAGUGUGAGGGGAAAGUGAAACAGCACACCCCUCUGGACCUUCGCUGCUGAGUGCCUCCCCAGUUCUUGCUGAAGCACGAGGUCUGAGGAAGAACAUCAGCCAAGUGAUAACACCAAUAGCAGGUAUAAACUGUUUCUAAACUGCUAAGCACGUUUUAUAAUU